UCCUUUUCUUUCUGUAUAUAAACCCCCCUCGCGUCUUGAACGAUUUCUUUAUUGGAAGAGAAAGGGAGAAAAAUUUGUCUCGGCUAAGAUCUAGAACAACCCGAGUCUGAAAACCGACAACAAAGGAAAUGGCGCUCAUUUCAGGAAGAAGAUCCACACUGAACCCAGAUGCACCGCUCUUCAUCCCUGCCGCUCUUCAGCAGGUGGAGGAUUUCUCUCCCGAGUGGUGGCAACUGGUCACGACCUCGCCCUGGUACCAUGACUACUGGAUCAGCCAGCACCAGGGCGAGGACGGUUUCUACGACAAUGGUGACAAUGGCAACAUAGAUGUAGUUGAUCUGCUGCCUGAAUCAUUUGAGUUCGAUGCCAUUGAUGAGUUCUUCGACCCUGACGCUGCUGAGUUCGAGUUUCAAUCCGAGGGUACAUUUUACCAUCCAUCAUCUGAUGUCGGGCUGGUAGAGGAUGCUGGCGUGGUUGGCUAUCUGAAAUCUCUUGAAGGCGGAAGCCCGAAAUCGGGAGCAAAACCAGCCAAGUAUUUCGAGAAGCCAGCAAAGUGGGUGAACCCUAGGUGCAGUCCCCGUAACAUCCACCAGCCUCGCUGAGGUAACUGAGCUUUCCAUUAGUUUGGUUGUACCUUAGAUUUGUACCUGUUGUAGUUAUGCUCUGUCCAAGCUGUAAAACCUUGUAUCCUACUGUUGUUCAUUCUCAGAUUUCUCUCCCAUUCCCAAAAUGUAAA